AUGUCGGUCAAAACUGCUGGGCAGAAAUUGGCCGGUUUGCACCAGCUGGCCACUUCGGCUCGAGGAACAGCGGGAGUUUCGAUCAUUCGUUGCGGCGCCACUAGCCUCGUUGGGACAUAU